AUGGGAUUGCAUACGAAACGAUAUGCUGGCAAUGACAAGAAGAGCGAACAUGACAUUCGCCGAGGACCUUGGACUACAGAGGUAUCGCCACUCAUCAACCUUGGCAGGGACGCAGUGAAACUCCAUAACAAGCCAUUGAAUGGCUCCAAGGCGUGGAGUGAUAACGCCAGGAAUUUUCUUUUAUUUUUCCAUCCAAGACAUCCCCACCCGUCGUGGACCCCUAUUAUCCUCAGUCGUGAUGUCCUAACAAGAAGAUCGGCCCAUAUUAUUAACGAUCGGCAAUCAUCCCUAAAGAGAGCAGUCGCGGUAAAUCCAAGGGUGACGGACAUCGGCGGUUUUUACGACGACGGAGGUCGUAAAGGGGGACCCAGUGACCUGCCGUAA